CUUUCCUAAACGAGCUUAAAAAGAACAGGGCAACGCGGCGCCUGGCACACCUAGUAAUGUGAAGGGAUGCCCAUUUGUACCAAUAAGCCCAGUCAUUCACCCACCCCCAUGCCAAUCACUAGAGGACACAACCUGUGCCGCUGAGCAGUCGGAUUCUGCCUGCAAAAACGCUCAGAUCAGCUGCUGGAAGGGGCGCUUGUUCACUCCCUCAGAGAAAAGGGACAGUGGAGCCUGUGCCUCCCCCUCCCUCCUGAAUCCCUGGAGUAGCAAUUAGUGUGGCUCUCCGAGCAGCUCCGGCGGAGAGGAAUAUCCAUUGUCUCUAACAGGUUCGGAGCGAGGAUUUCCCUGUUCCCCAGAUUCCCCUUUGCAGGCAGAUCGUUCCCGAGUCCCCGAGUCCCUGCUGUGGGGUGGGUAGGGGUCGGACCGAGGCUGCCGCCGGGCACUUAUUGGGCAGCCCUGCCUAGCUGGGUGCUGCUGGAGCUAAUGAUGCUAGCGCUGGGGAUUCCAAGUUGCUGGCUCAUCCGCUGGCUGCCUGUGCUGUUCUAGGAGGGAGCCCGGCACUCACAGCAGCGCUACACUAGCAGCAGGCACGGAGAUUAUGGACUAAGUGCAUCGGUGCCAGAAUGGAGUUUAUAUUGGGCAUAUUCUGCGUUAUUUUCUGUCUCAGAGCAGGUGCAGGCUUUGGUGUGGACCCCUCCCUGCAGAUAGACAUCUUCGAGGACUUCCAACUGGGAGAGGCCACCCCUGGAGUGCAGCAGGUUCAAGGAUUCCAUAACCGGAGCAAAGCCUUCCUUUUUCAAGAUACAUCCAGAAGCAUAAAAGCCUCAGCAGAAACUGCAGAAAGAAUUUUCACGAAGCUGAGAAAUAAACAUGAAUUCACAAUUUUGGUGACUUUAAAGCAGGCCAUGUUAAAUUCAGGCGUUAUUCUUUCUAUCCACCAUGCAGAUCACAGAUAUUUGGAACUGGAAAGCAGUGGGCAUAGAAAUGAAGUCAGAUUACAUUACCGCUCAGGAAGCCAUCGGUCCCAAACGGAAGUCUUCCCUUACAUUUUGGCAGAUGAUAAAUGGCAUAGAUUCUCAAUAGCAAUCAGUGCAUCACAUCUGGUUUUGCACAUUGACUGUAACAAGAUUUAUGAAAGAAUUGUGGAAAAAACAUUCAUGGAUGUACCACCAGGGACAGCAUUAUGGGUGGGACAGAGAAAUAAUGUGCAUGGCUAUUUUAAGGGUAUAAUGCAAGAUUUACAAAUAGUUGUCAUGCCACAAGGGUUUAUCUCACAGUGCCCUGAUCUUAAUCGCACAUGCCCUACAUGUAAUGACUUCCAUGGACUCGUGCAGAAAAUUAUGGAGCUACAAGACAUAUUGGCCAAGACAUCAGCCAAGCUGUCAAGAGCUGAGCAGAGGAUGAAUAGGUUGGAUCAGUGCUAUUGUGAGAGGUCUUGCACAGUAAAGGGCAACAUCUACAGAGAGCUGGAAUCUUGGAUGGAUGGAUGCAAAAAAUGUACAUGCACGAAUGGGACUGCUCAGUGUGAAACACUUACCUGUUCUGUGCCCAACUGUUUGAGUGGUUUUGCUCCUGCAUAUGUUCCUGGCAAAUGCUGCAAAGAAUGUCAACCUGUCUGCAUGUAUCAAGGCCAAAUGUACUUUGAAGGGGAACAAGAAGCUGUCCAGUCUAGCUCAGGAGCUUGUGUACUGUUUCAGUGCAAGAGUAAUACAAUGCAGCGAAUUGAAUCACCAGAAUGUUUGCCACUGAACUGUCCCCAAUCACAGCAUAUCACUUUGCGGAGCGGUUGUUGCAAAGUUUGCAAAGGACAUGACUUCUGUUCAGAAGGACACAACUGUGUGGAAUAUUCCAUCUGUAAGAACCUAAAUGACAAAGCUGUUUGCAUUUGUCGUGAUGGUUUUCGGGCCCUUCGAGAAGAUAGUGCCUACUGUGAAGAUAUUGAUGAGUGCACUGAAGGCCGUCAUUACUGUCGGGAAAAUACAGUGUGUGUGAAUACUCCGGGCUCCUUCAUGUGCGUCUGUCAAACUGGCUAUUUGAAAAUUGAUGAUUACUCUUGCACAGAACACAAUGAGUGUGCAACCAACCAGCACAGCUGUGAUGAAAAUGCAGUGUGUUAUAACACAGUGGGAGGACAUAACUGUGUCUGCCAGCCUGGAUAUACAGGAAAUGGCACUGUCUGCAAGGCUUUCUGUACGGAUGGCUGCAGAAAUGGAGGCACCUGCAUAGCUCCUAAUAUUUGUGCAUGCCCACAAGGCUUUACGGGGCCCAGCUGUGAAGCAGACAUUGAUGAAUGCACUGAAGGUUUUGUUCAAUGUGACAGCCGCGCUAACUGCAUUAACCUACCCGGCUGGUACCACUGUGAAUGCAGAGACGGCUACCAUGACAAUGGAAUGUUUUCCUUAAGCGGAGAGUCAUGUGAAGACAUUGAUGAAUGUGCUACGGGAAGGCACAGCUGCAGUAAUGACACUGUGUGCUUCAAUUUGGAUGGUGGAUUUGAUUGUCGCUGUCCACAUGGAAAAAACUGUUCUGGUGACUGCACACAUGAAGGAAAGAUUAAGCACAAUGGGCAGAUUUGGGUGUUAGAAAAUGAUCGCUGCUCUGUUUGCUCCUGUCAGGUUGGGUUAGUAAUGUGUCGCCGUAUGGUUUGUGAUUGUGAGAAUCCAACUGUUGACCUUUUUUGCUGCCCUGAAUGUGACCCAAGGCUAAGUAGCCAAUGUUUGCACCAAAGUGGAGAGUUGACAUAUAAAAGUGGAGACACAUGGGUACAAAAUUGCCAGCAGUGCAGAUGCUUACAAGGUGAAGUUGAUUGCUGGCCCCUGCCAUGCCCAGAAAUUGACUGUGAAUUUAGCGUGGUUCCAGAAAGUGAAUGCUGCCCACGUUGCAUCAGUGACCCAUGCCAAGCAGAUAUUAUACGCAAUGAUAUCACAAAGACUUGUGUAGAUGAAACAAAUGUGGUUCGGUUUACAGGCUCCUCUUGGAUAAAACAUGGCACGGAGUGCACCCUCUGUCAGUGCAAGAAUGGCCAUAUGUGUUGUUCAGUGGAUCCCCAGUGCCUUCAGGAGCUGUGAAAAGAACUCAUGACUUUGGUCUCCAGAAGGAAGGAAAAAAAUACAAAUAAAGAAUGUUAUUCAUCCUCAAAGACCUUACACCAAAAAUGCACAUAAUUUUGAAAAUAGUAUUAAAACAAUAUUGCUUAAUGUAACCAUUUGCGAAAUGAAUUUAUGGAGGCAAAAAUCCAAUGGCUACUGAACACCAAAUAACUGCACUACAUUUGUCAGCUUGGGGCCAAAUAAAUAGCAAUUCUUACUGAUCAUUUUGUGUACUUUUAUGAGUAUUCAGAUGGAACUCAAGCAGAAAUUACGACAAACUAUGUAACGCCCUGAAAAGUUCAGUAGGUCUCAAGGACAACAAGCAGAUUUUUUUUUAUUAUAGUUUUCCAAAUGGUUGAAUUCCACCAAAACCCAGGAAAGCUGACUGUUUAUUAAUUUGUACUCCGAAUGCCACAUGCGCACACCCACGCUGGAAAAUGACCUAUAUCGCUUUGAGAGAUGCAUUUGUUUGAUCCUUACCCUUAAAAUGAAUCUGUUACAUUUCUCACUGUUUAUUACUUGCGCAUUUUCUGGUUUGUCACUGAUUUUUGGCUGAAAUAUUUUAUUACAUAUUGUAGAAAGUGUAUUUGAAAAAAAAAUCCAAUUGAUAUAAAUGUGAUAAAAGCACCUCUUAUUAUUUUGUAACCAUAAGAAAUCAACUAUUAUGUUAUUCAUGUAUUGGCAUGGUAUAAAAGGUGUGCUCAUUGGGGAAGUCCAUCGUUUUAUGGGUUUUUUUCUUGCACUUAUUAUUUCUGAACCUGUUUAGUACUGUUGUGUUCUUGUGAAGAUUUAAAUAAAUGUUUCUCUUACAAAUA